UGUGCGAAAGCAUGACUGUACCAGUCUAGGACACAUGCCUUUUCAGAUUUCCCUUAUUUGAAAGCGCUAUAAGUCCAAAGUCUUAAAUAUUCGGCCAAAAUAAAUGAAUCACGUGCUGAGGAAUAGGCUACCAUCAUGACCAACAAAUAAAAGUACAAAGUGCACUACACCCACAGCCGUAAAUUUCAAUAACUGCAUAUUUUUACAGAAGUGAAAGCUGGUGGAAAAAGCUCUCGGCUGAAUUGCGGGUUUAGAUUGAACCUAUCAAAGAUCCAGGAGCCACCCCCUCCCCAAAUACUCAAAACAGCUGGAAGCACGUCAGCAGCAGCCCACGUCACCGUAAACAUUAACUGCGACUGGGGGAUAUGGCGUCUUCGGCUGGUUCCAAGGUUCUGUAUGAGCUUGAUGGAGUUUUUAUACACAACAACCCAGAAAGUGGUGGGGAACAGGACUCUCUCAUUUCAGGUUGCCUGCGUUUAUUAGAAAAGGAUGGAGACAUAGUGGUGGAAUAUAAACCCACUGAGGACAAUGGACGGUCUGCCAUGCUGUGCGCUGCCAAGGAGUCUAGUUCCGUGUUUGAGUGGGGCCCGAUCAAGGGCAGGAGCCCGGGUCAGAGGUGUGUUCCCGGAGAAGGGCCCCAAGAGGGGCUGGAUCGCCAGCUGAGCUGUGAGACAGAGUGGGACAUGGUCCACACUGUCCAAUUCAGGAAAGCAAACUGUGAAGGAGCUUUCUGCCGUGACCCGGUCGAAGUGCCCCGGAGGAGACCGCCGUGCCGGGCGCCCCAGUUGGAGUUCAGCAUCGGUGACCUGGUCUCCGUCAGGGUGAAGGAGGAGGGGUGGGCCUACCUGGUGCUCACCGUCCGAGGCCUUGAGCUACCGGCCCUGCACUUCCACCAGGGGGGGAGUGAGGACUUCCUGAACUCCCUCGGGCAACACCUGCAGCUCACAGAGUCUGCUACUGACGCCUCCCUUCUCCAGGUUAGUGUCCCCAGCAAGGCGCUGUCCCGGUCCGUUGAGAACCUGCUGGAUGACGCCACCUUCGGCUUGAUUUCGAAGUUUACCCACGACCCAGUCACCACAACACUGGGUGGCUUCUCCAAGGUGACCAACUACCUGUACGGUGCGUUCCACAGCCCGGGCACGGAGAUACUGCAGCACAGGCCGGACGCGGAGGUUGGUCACCUGGAUGACAUCAUACCCGGACUGGACAUCAACCAGCAGGACGAACCCGGCUUUGAGGUCAUCACUAGGAUGGAUCUUGGAGAGAGGCCGGCGGUCCGGCGUGGAGAGCCUCUGGGUAUGGAUGACUGGAACCAGAACAUGGACCCGGAGGGACGCAUGAUCAACGUCUCCUACCUCAGACGCGCCAUAUUCAAAGGAGGUAUGUGUCAUGCUUUACGGAAGGAGGGAUGGAAGUUUCUGCUGAGCUAUUUUCCCUGGGACAGCACCCGGGAAGAAAGGAGGAGCCUGACGCAGAGGAAAACGGAUGAGUACUUCCGUAUGAAGCUCCAGUGGAAGUCAGUGAGCGAGGAGCAGGAAAAGAGAAACAGCAGAUUGAGAGACCACAGAAGCCUUAUUGAGAAAGACGUGAACAGGACCGACCGGACCAACCCAUUCUAUGAAGGGGCGGACAAUCCGGGCCUGGUACUGCUGCACGACAUCCUCAGGACCUACUGCAUGUAUGACUUUGACCUGGGCUACGUCCAGGGUAUGAGUGAUCUGUUGUCCCCCAUCCUCUUCGUCAUGGAGAACGAGGUUGACGCCUUCUGGUGCUUCGUCUCCUUCAUGGACCAGAUGCAUCAGAACUUUGAGGAGCAAAUGCAGGGUAUGAAGACCCAGCUGGCCCAGCUCAGCACGUUGUUACAACUACUAGACAUCACCUUCUGGAACUAUCUGGGAAACCAGGACUCAGGCCAUCUGUAUUUCUGCUUCCGCUGGCUCCUGAUUCGCUUCAAGAGGGAACUGAUUUUUCACGAUGUUCUUCGCCUGUGGGAGGUUAUAUGGACGGGGCUCCCAUGCCAGAACUUCCACCUGCUGGUUUGCUGUGCUGUCCUGGACUCGGAGAAACAGAAGAUCAUGGAAGAACAAUACAGCUUCAAUGAAAUCCUUAAGCACGUGAAUGAGCUGUCGAUGAAACUGGACAUCAGAGUGAUCCUCCAGAAAGCAGAGGCUAUGUGUCUUCAGCUGAAGAGUUGUAAGGAUUUGCCCAGCCCAGUGAUGGAGAUCCUUGGGUUCAGCAACCCAGGAACACCGUCUUCCUCCCGGUCCCAGGACAGGCCAGACUCUCCGGGACCUUCUGCAUCCUCCGAGAACCAGCAGGACUUCCUAGAUGACCUCAGCCCCGACGGCAAUAACAGACACUCAGGUGCGACUGCUCGCAAUGUUUACAGAUCAGCCCACGUAUCGUAGCCAGAUAUUUAGGUGGGAACUCCAGUCCUCGGGGGGGUGUGGUGGGGGGGGGGGACCAGGUGAGUGCAGUUGACUAUUGGAUAGAAAACAGACGUUUUCAGUUCCUACAGGGCUGAAAUUGUAUAGCACUACUCCAAAGCUGUUUAUUUUUCCUCAUGACUUUGUUGUGUUAAUCAAUACUGACUCAUGUAAAUAUAUUCCAUUAAUGCUUGAAGUUGACAACAAAAUGUCUGAUUGCUUUUGAAGAAAACCUGUUGUUUCCCAGCUUCAGGGCCUUAUUUUUGAUAUUUUUGUUGAAAUUAAUAAUCUAGCUGAUUUUCUGCCAAUUUCGCCCACACUCUUUUUUUCUUUUUCCUGGUGUAAUGAAUUAUGUAAACAGUGAAAUGAAUGCCUAAGUACUUGAAAUGUGUUUUAAAUGGAAAGCUUUAAGGGCCAUGACUGGAUAAGGUUUGAUGUGGAAGUGGGUUAUUUAAUAUCACUGUAAUACUCAGCUAAUAGUCCCAUGUGUAAUUAAAUUACAACCACUUAAUGAAGAUGUGGCUGCAUCCCCUCCAGACCUGUUGAUUCAAUGCUUUAUGUAUUGUGGCUCAGGCCUGGCAGUAACCCAGGUUCAACCGUACAGGGCUGUAGCGUUUAAGAUAUUGUCAAUUAUUUCCUUUUAAGAGACAGUCGGCAGUUAAUGGCCACUGGUUGUGGUGCUGUUGAGCCAAAAAGGGCACCUGGAAAUCCUGUUCCAUGUCAUCAAAACCUCCCACUUACACUUGGAAUUUCAGGGCUCAGUGAGGUAUGGAUUACUAAGACUACUUACAGAUCACAUGCAUAUAAACAACAUCUUGCACAUCCAGGCCAAAAAAAAAGUAUUUGUUGUUCUCAGCCCUGGAAUCAUGACUGAAUUUUGGACAGGGUUGUAGGCUAAAUAUAAACCCUUGUAACAACAUCGACACAAAUGCUUGUUGAUAAGAAAUGAAACUUUACAUUGCCCUUUCCAGCUCUCUAUGGCACACAAGAGUCCUCAAGCAAUAAUCCUAGCAUUUUACUGGCCAAGAAAAUAUUUUGCCCAUUCAUUUCUGAAUUGAGUAAAAUGUCAAAUUAUUUAUAACUUUGUAACAGCUCCAAACAGAUAAUUCUGGCACCCUAGUUCAUAGCAACCCCAUAUAUAUAUCUAUAUAGAUAUAGAUAUAGAUAUAUAGAUAUACAUAUACCCACACAGACCUCUUACUCUUCAGAAGGUUGAAAGGUUAAUAAAACACAGACGGCCAAGUUUGAAAUGAUACAGAGUCAGUACUAUGGUGAGGCUUUUCACAAUGUAGACAUUAUUAAAUGAAUUAUUUCCACAUACUUUUAUAUAAUAUGUUAGCCUUCUCUUCAAGAACAAUAUGUUCAGUUUUUAACCUUGAUGAUUGUUUCCUCUGUGAAAGUUUUCUGAAGGAGUUGUGGUGCUUGCUGAAACCCCUUAGCCUUCAAUUCAUCAGUUAGCAAGACGAACUAUGAUGGAAGACUUGCUUGUAUUCAUAUGUAAAACGCUUUGUGUACAGAUUUGUAUAUUUGACAGCGUCUUUGACAACCAAUUAUGUUCGAAACCUUGUUUGAAAAAAUAAAUAAAUGUAUUACUUGUCAUUUUUA